UAAUCUUCUAUGAACAAAAUGUAUCUAUGAGUGAUAUAAAUGUCAUUAUCAUGGUGAUGAAGCUUUUUUUUUUAUUAUCAUAUUUCGAAUUAUUUCGUUGUACAGUGGCAAUAGAUGCACCACCAGGAAAUUUGACUGAUACCAAUACGUGCAAAUUAUCCCAUUUUGGAAUAGAGUAUCUUGGAUAUAAUUCGAAAACAGAAUCUCUUGUUAGAUGUCAAGCAUGGAAUACAAAUUUUCCCCAUCACGUUAUGGACAAUAUAACAGAUGAUGAUUUUCCAGAAGCUUCAAAGGAGUCGGCAAAAAAUUAUUGUAGAAAUCCGAACUUAGAUCCCAAGGGUCCUUGGUGUUAUUCAUUGAAUGAAGACUUGAUAAAUGAAACUUGCGCUGUACCUCUGUGCUCUUUUUCCCAAUGCAGGUUAACUGGUCCUGGUAUGGAGUAUGCUGGAGAGCACAAGAAAACAAUUUCAGAUCGGAAUUGCUUAAAAUGGAACAAAGAUCGGAAAAAUGUUCAACAAGAUGGUCACUUGAUUAAACGAGAUAAGUUCGAAAAGGUUUUCUUCCCAGAUAAUGACCUUUCAAAAGCUGGAAAAAAAUGUAGGAAUCCAGAUGGAGAUCUUGCCGGUCCGUGGUGUUUUGUAGAAAAUGAAGAGAGCAAUACUAUAGAGAAAGAUUAUUGUGACGUGCCAUUGUGUGAUGAACCAGUUUGCGUGGUCUUCACAAAAAAUCACAAGACCUAUAUGCAUUUCACUGAUUUCAAUGAUACAUUGGAUAAUUUGAAUUUUGGUAUCAAGCUAUGGAGUUCUGACCAGUAUUUGGAAGCGGAAGCGAGACUUGUGUUAUCAGUUGUAGCUUUGCCUGCAGGAAAAGAAGAAAUGAUAGAUUUAGGAACAUCUAUUGAAAUUUUCAUCAGUAAUAAAUAUAGCGCUCUUACAGUUAACAAUAAAGAUGAAAUAGAAAAGGAAAAUACAAGGGGAAUAUUAACCUCAGAACGAUACACCUAUUUUUCUCUUACAUGGCAUAGAGGGUACAUCACUUUGAAUAAAAUUGGCAUUACAAAACCCAUAUUUUUGGCGGAGUAUAAGACCAAAAAUAAUUUAAUGGGUUUCAAACUGGAUAAAUUUUUCUACUACGCUGCUCAAGGAACUAAUAUUCUCUGGACCUUUCCAUUUUGUUUGGAUGAUUUCGAGUGUGACGUUCACACGACUACUGGGCAUCUAUUCCAACAGUUUUGGCCCCUACGCGAGUCUUCAAUUGGUAGAGAAUUAUCUCUGCAUAUCAGAGCAGUCCGUUCCGCCAAAAUUUUAUGUGUGUCUACCCCAGUAACAGAGUACCCAAACAUUGUGAUUAAUUUCAAAGCUGACGAUGGAUACACAAGGGUGAUUCAUAAAGAACAUAAAAACUCACCGUCUGUGACACUCAAAGAAGUGGUGUUGACAGAUGUACUUGAUUAUUGGAACUGGCAGGAAUACGUCUUAUCAUUUUUUGGUGACUCGUUUCAAAUUCAUUGGACGAAAAAUGGCGUAGCCCAUCUCGUUAUAGACAUUAAGCAUAACGUAUUUAGAAAGAUGAGAUGGUAUUCAGUCUGCUCAGAUAAUUCAGUUGCGCACUGGACUUUUUUUUGCUUUCCUCCUGAAGUUUCAAAACCACCACCUGCCUUUUUACCUGAAUGUUCCAUGAAUUCACAAGAACUCAAUUACAUUGGAAAGCAAGAUGUGACGCAUGAUGGAUUUCCUUGUUUACCAUGGUCUGCCAAAACUUUGGUACCAGAGUUUGAACGUAAAUCCUUCGAAGGAAAUGGUUUCUUAUCUGAGUUGUCUUAUUGCAGAGAUCCAGGAAAGCAUUUUGAAGGUACUUAUUGUUAUAUACUUUCAUUGUUGCCUGAAAAAACUGUUCUUAAGAAAUAUUGCCGAAUAAGGAAAUGCAAAUCCCAACAAUGUAGAAUGGCAGGUACUGGUAAUGAUUAUACUGGAGCUUUGAACAUAUCAAGAAGUCUUAGAUAUUGCGAACCUUGGUAUUCCAUCAAUUCUACUCACUUACAUGAUAUGAGUUACAUGAAUGAUAAAUUAUUUGCUGAUAUGAAACUGGAAGAUGCCAACAACUUUUGUAGAAAUCCCUCAAGGAACCCAAUAGGAAGUUGGUGUUAUACUAUUGAUCCUUCUGUUCCUCAAGAAAGUUGCCUGGUUAAAGAUUGUGAUAAACCAGAAGAAUGUAUUAUUAUAUUAAUGGGAAAAAAUGAAGGUCGUAGGAUUUAUAUUCUACCUCAGUGGAAAGAAAGAGGAACACAUGGAGGCCUCCAAUUCGCUUUGAAACGAUGGAAUCCUGAAAAAAUCGACGGCAUUAGUGUAGUGGUAACACCUAAAAAUGGCACAGAAAGUAUUCGACUGGAAAUUGGCGCUGAAGGAAAUCAAAAAAUCAAUCUAUUCUACAAUGGAAAUUUGAUGAAAUCCAAAACCAUGCCCCAUUUGAUCGCUUCAGGAACUUGGACCGAAUUCUGGUUACAGAUACGUCAAGAAGAAAUCAUGUUGGGUUACAAGGGUGUACCUCAUUCUCUCUUCGAAUGGAAACAUACCAAUCUCAUCGAAUCUUUCGAUCCUACCUACGUUUCGUUUUCAACGUUGAGUGAACAAUAUAUCGGGGUUUAUUUCAAAUGUGACGAAUGUCAUACUGAGUUCACAUCGGUUAACAACGUACUCAAGGUUUUCCCAGUUGGCGUUUGGAAAGAAAACGAUAUUGAUUUUUAUACCGUUCCCACCAAUUUUUCUUUAAAUAUACGUGGCGGUGGUACCGUCUGGGUUCCAUUGUAUAAUUUGAUACACACUGGGGAUUAUCUGUUGCUUGAAUUGAACCAAAUCCAAAAUAAAAUCGGAUUAUAUAAAUAUAAGAAUUCUCAACAUACGGUUUUGCUUGUAGCACAAAUGGAGGAACUACUAUUCAAUGACAACAAUUGGACCAAUUUUAGGAUCAAUUUCAACGAAACCAGCUUUCAAGUCUUCAAAAAUAGUAAUAGUAGCGUUAUAUUCGAAUACAGUGCUCCACAGACGCAGCCAAUCUUAAUAUAUUAUUUCACACUUGGCGUCGAUAACGGUUUAGUGAUCUGGAGUGCAAAUUGUGAGAUUUUAGAUCUGGAUGGGCCACCUAGAGAUGGUGGAUGGUCUCCCUGGUCGGAUUGGACGUGUUCAGUGCCAUGCGGUGGAGGUGACGGUUUCAAAACCAGAUCUUGCACCAAUCCCCGGCCGAACAUAAAAGGAAAAUUAUGUAUUGGAGCCCCUAUGUCCACUGGAAAAUGCAACGACUUUGAAUGCGGGGACAUCAGUCCAAAGACAAUCGAUAAAAUAAGACACGACUUGAGAACCAACUUCUUCAGUUUCACGAUUGAAGAAAACAGCGACAUCAAAAUACCAAAUAACAAAAAAAUAAUCAAGCACGUCAUGAAAGAAUCUCCAAAAUCACGUUACGAAUGGACAUUGAACGGAAUGCUAGUCAAUAAAGAAGAAGAUCAUUUUUCUCUGGUCGAUGGUGAAAUUUUCUUAACGAAUGCUAAACCAACAGAUUCUGGUCUCUACGUAUGUUUGUUGUACAGGAUGAAUAAGAAGCAGAUGAUAAUAAGGAUUGUGUCGUUAGCUGUUAUUCCAAAUUAUUAUACUUACAUCACGCGAGCUUCGAGAAAAUUCAGCUUGAAUUGCAAAACUGUUGUACUAGGAUACGUGUAUUCAGAUUUGAGCUUGAAAUUGUUGGUAAAUGAAACGCUUUACAAAAAUUACGGUAUUGUCACAUUAGCUAUUGCUAACAUGUAUAAUAUUCGACAUUUGGGACGGAACUAUACAGGCGAUUGGAAAUGUGUUGUGGAGCAGAAAGACUUGGGAUUUUCUUGGACCACGAAUUAUGAAAAAAUCUUAGUGAUGAAAGCUCCGAACCUGUAUACCAAUCUCAUGGAAGAUCAACUGACUAAACCUUUGUUUGGGUGGUUAAAAACUGAAAGAAACGUUCUUGUGGCCUUAAUUGUAAUUAUUUCUAGUUGUAUUGUAUUAGUUACGUUGUGCUUGGCCAUUUAUUUCACGUUUUUUACAAUUAAAAGGAGAACUUACAAAAGGAAUCGCAGGUUUUGAGUAGGAAGUUCAUUGUAGUGAAUUAAAAUUAUUUUUUUAUGUUCCUAACAUACUUUCAUUAUUGUGUAAUCAGUAGUGUUGGAAUGAGAAGUGAGCAAAACGUAUUAAAACAGUAAAAAAAAACAUGAAAAUU